GAGAGGACUGAGCAUCCAGGACCGGACAGGCCGGGCCGGGGGGCGGCGGCGAAAGGCAGAGCGCCGUGAUCUCUGUCAGGAAGCGCAACCUCCCCGGGCCCCGCGGGGCCGCGCAGGGGGCGUUCUCAAUCCCGCGCCCGCUCCCUCUUUCCAUCCCCUGCCGCCCGCAGGCCACCCCGGGGCCCGGCUAUCCGCGCGCGCGUCCUCGGGCUCGGGCCCGUCCCCGGCCCUCGAGGGAGCCGCCGCCUUCAUCGACACCUCUGCAGCGGCCGCGCCAAAGGCCGCCCGGGCGGGACCCCGGAGUGAGCAUCGAGCGCCCCCCAAGGAGUGCACGACCCCCGGAGCCGCCCUCAACACGGACCGCGCCCGCCGGGCACACAAGAAUGGUCACUCCCAUGUCAGACAUGACUGAUGCAUCACCACUGAUCCCUGGUGUGGGGACUGGGCCGUGAGCGGGUGUGGCCUGUUAUCUCCAGCAGAUACUCGGGGCCAUGGAGUCUCAGGUGGCGGGGGGCCCGGCCGGCCCGGCCCUGCCCAACGGGCCACUCCUUGGUACAAAUGGAGCCACUGAUGACAGCAAGACCAACCUCAUUGUCAACUACCUGCCCCAGAACAUGACCCAGGACGAGUUCAAGAGUCUCUUCGGCAGCAUUGGUGACAUCGAAUCCUGCAAGUUGGUUCGGGAUAAGAUCACAGGGCAGAGCCUCGGUUAUGGGUUUGUGAACUACUCUGAUCCCAACGAUGCAGACAAAGCCAUCAACACCCUCAACGGCCUCAAACUGCAGACGAAGACCAUCAAGGUGUCUUAUGCCAGACCCAGCUCUGCAUCCAUCCGAGAUGCUAACCUGUACGUCAGUGGACUCCCCAAGACCAUGAGCCAGAAAGAAAUGGAGCAGCUCUUCUCCCAGUAUGGCCGUAUCAUCACUUCUCGAAUCCUGGUGGACCAGGUCACAGGUGUCUCUCGGGGUGUGGGGUUCAUCCGCUUUGACAAGAGGAUUGAGGCCGAGGAGGCCAUCAAAGGACUGAACGGGCAGAAGCCGCUGGGCGCGGCGGAGCCCAUCACGGUCAAGUUCGCCAACAACCCGAGUCAGAAGACUGGACAGGCCCUGCUCACUCACCUCUACCAGUCGUCAGCCCGGCGCUACGCAGGCCCCCUGCACCAUCAGACGCAGCGCUUCCGGCUGGAUAAUUUGCUCAACAUGGCCUACGGAGUCAAGAGUCCCCUGUCGCUCAUCGCCAGGUUCUCGCCCAUCGCCAUCGACGGCAUGAGUGGCCUCGCGGGUGUGGGCCUUUCGGGGGGCGCGGCGGGCGCUGGCUGGUGUAUCUUCGUGUACAACCUGUCACCGGAGGCAGACGAGAGUGUGCUGUGGCAGCUGUUUGGGCCCUUCGGGGCCGUCACCAACGUCAAGGUCAUCCGCGACUUCACCACCAACAAGUGCAAGGGCUUCGGCUUCGUCACUAUGACCAACUACGACGAAGCGGCCAUGGCCAUCGCCAGCCUCAAUGGCUACCGCCUGGGCGAGCGCGUGCUGCAGGUGUCCUUCAAGACCAGCAAACAGCACAAGGCCUGAGCCACCGCCGCCCGCCCUCCCCACCCUCCCCGGGCAGCAGAGAGAGAGAGAAAGAGAGAGAGAGGGGCCCCGAGAGAGACAGCGCAGGCAGACCACCGACGGCACACGGGCCCCGCAUCCCUGCGGAAGCCACAGGGUGAGCACUCGGGGUGGGAGAGUCUGCAGGGGAUGGGGGGUGCCUGGGGGUCCCCUCCCCGUCCUCCUGCCCCCACCCCAGGCUGGGCUGUUCACUCUCUCGUCUUGGUUUUGUUCAUGGCGAUGGUUUUUGUUUCUUUUUUCGGCUAAAAAGAAAGCAGAGACGUGCCCCCACCCCGCCUUCAACCACCCUCCACGGGAUGGCUUUGCAGGGGCGCUGGGGGUGCCCCCCACCCCCUUGCCCAGGCCUCCCCAACACCUAGAUGAGCCUGAGGGGAGGGGGGGAACAGGUUUAAAAAUCCCCAAAAAAGCGAAACGGAGGAGGGGUGUGGGCAUCCCUGGCCCAGAGCCCCCUGGUUGGAGUAUGAGGAGCAGGGGGAGGGGCUGGAAACAGAAACAAAAUGAAAAAAAAAGGGGGGGGUGGGAGGGGAAGAAAAACUCUAUUUUUGUAAAAAGGGAAAAAAGACCUCGUGGAGAAUUUUUACUGGGGAUUCUUGAACUUGAAAAAAAAAAAACACAAAAAAAGACAAAAAAAAAAAAAAAAAGAAAAUAUUUUGGCAGGUUAUGUUUACCAACUGGGGCAGGGGCAGGGAGCAGGGCUUGGGGCCCGGGGGUCCACGGGGCCAAACAGAGAAACACAGCCACGCAAAGACAUGCGGGGGCACGCGCACACACACAUCCUGCAGGGACACACGGAAGCACUGACAGACCCAGAGACGCGCCCCGGACACCUUCCAGGAGCUCGCUGGCCAGAUUCAGACACGCAGACAUAUGGAUAAUCACGGGAGACCGAAGUACGUAUGGGGCUAUGUAGACGAGGCCGCGGGCAAAUGUAGCCACAGGUGGGUGCGGGGUACACACAUUUCCACGUGGACAUGGGAAAGUAGAGACAGACACAUUCGGACACACCAGUCGAGACACGCCACCACGGAGACACAGACAUGCACAAAGCCUCCCUCAGGCCCAGGCGAGAGGUCGUAGCCCAGAUCCUGGCCCAGUCCGCUUCCUCCAGCUAGGCCGCCGGGCCUCCUCCGGACACGUGGCCCCACUCGCCCCAGGUUCUCUGCAGAGCUCUCUCCUGGCUCAUCGGUGGUCCCUGCGGCCCACGAACACAGGCGUGCACACACAGCAUCCAUGCAUCCAAACACACGAUACCUCGUUUCACUUUUGGCAUCAUGGCGGGCUGGAGGCAGCCCCCCCCCCCCAACACUUGAGGCCAAAGGACCCCCUGUCCCCCGGGGCUGAACCUCCCUGGGCCGAGACCCUGGCCCAGAGGCAGAGGGGGGAGGCUGGGCCCUGAGCCUUCCCCCUCCCCCAGGGGCCUCCCCAGCAGGAAGUACCCGCUGUUCCCUCCAGUCCCCCUCCCCCCAGCCCCGAAUUCCCUUCCUACCCACUUGUCACCCCCUUUCAGUUUGUUGGGUUUUUCCGUCUUUCCAAAUUCCCGAGGGCGGUGGACGCAGCCCCCAUCCCAAGCCCCGGUCCCCCACCGGCUUCUGUCUGGAUUUUCCAUUCUCCUAGUUUUCAUUCUUUGUAAGACAAAAAAAAAAAAAAAAAAAAAUUCCAACAGAAGCCAGAGGCCGGAGCCCCUGGGAGCCCUCGCAGCCCCCCACCCCCCGCAGUGGGCCCAGUGGGAACUGAGAAUUGCAAACCCCGAAUUCAGCUUCAGUUGCCCCUUCCUCCGGUGUCCCUGCGUUUGGUGUCCGGCCAUGGCCCCAUCUGACUGCCCAGCUCUCUCUCCCCCACCCCUCCCGGUGUUUGUUAUUAAACGUCUGUGGAGCUUCUGCUGCAAGGAACAAAAAGAAAAAAAAAAAAAAAUCAAAAAAGCGACAAAAAAACACAAACAGAAGAGAAAAAAAAGCGACAAAAAAAGGAAGAAAAAUAAACACACAGAAGAGAUUAAAAAAAGAAAAAAAAAAAAAAGAAAAAAAAAAAGACAUAAACUGGCACCAGUUAACUUUCUUGUACUUUUUUGCCGAAUUUAGCUUCUUGUAGUUUUAACUUAUUGCUAUGUUAACUAUUUAUUCUCCUUGUUGCCCUGUAAGGACAUUUGUGUAUAUUUCUGUUACUUCAUCCAGUUUGCAAGUUUAAAGGAACCACGAUGUUCUCUUUGUUUCUUUAAGUUUUGCUGAGACGUGGUUAUGCCUAAUUUAUUUAUAAAAGGGGAAGUGGAAUCAUUAAAGUAAUAAUAAUUAUUAAUAACAGUAAUGGUAGCCGAGCAGCGCCCGGGGGGGCGUGUGCUCUGUGGGGCGGUCCCCGCGGCCAGCGACGUCCGGGGUCUCAAUGGGAUUCUUUUUUGCUCGUCUUGAGAAUUUUUUCAGUCCUAUUUAGCUGGUGAAAACCCUAGCUUGUUCUUGAUACACGAACCUAUUUAUUCUUGUGGUUUUUAAGUCCUCAACCUCCCAGCUCCCCUCCAGCAGGGCGGGCACCCCCAGCGGGUCCACCCCUCUCCCUCUGCUGUUUCUUGGGGCUUUCUCCCCUCCGACCUCCGAGCGCGGGGACACGUGGGCACACGUGGGCAGCGUGCAGGAGGCGUCUGUGAGCAAUAAAGGCUGGGUUUGUCCCCUACCCUGGGGCAGCCAGGCUCUGCGGAGGGGGCACCUCCCCACCCCCCCACCCCCACUGAGGCCUAGGCCCCUGACACCCCCAAAUCUGGGAGGGGACUUCUUUUUCUAAAACACAGAACUCAGCCCAGCCAGGCCCCCUCCCCAGAGGCCAGCCCCUCACCCCAGGGGCUGGGGGUGGGGGGGCACCUGGGGUCUUCCACAUCCCUGGGGGUCAGGGGCAGGGCCCGUGGGAUGGGGGCUCAGCCCCUCCAGCCCUCCCUUCAUCCUGUUAUUUAUUCAGAAGGUUUCAAAUCACGACAGAGUCCAUGUUGGAGGUGAUAAAGAACUGUAAAAAAACAAAAAAAACAAAAAAAAGACAAAAAAACAAAAAGACAAAAAAAAUCACAAAAACCCAAAACCCAACAAGAACACUUUGCGUUGCGUUUAGACUAUUUAUUACCGGGAUUACAGGCCUGGCCGCGGUAACAGACUUUUACAUGGAAUUGUUUAAUUAUUUGUACUUUUCAUGCCAGAAAAUAAAAGUUCAGAAUCUUA